CUCAUGGAAAGUGGUCGAUUCAAUCAGACACUGGAAUUCCCGCUGGCCGAUCAAUUCAGCCGUUUUGUGCUCCGUGCUAGUUUUGUUUAUCUGGCCUCACGGGCCACCGAACCGGCUGUCAUGAUUGAGACUAAGACGGAACAGAACCUACAGCAUAGUCAUGUGCUAUGCGUUGAAUCGAUCAAGUGCCCUGAGUCAACCACUACUACCACCACAACAACCACAACCACCCCAGUUCCCAUUCUGAUUGGUGCAACCGCAGAUCCCUCUUCGAGUACCUCAUUCAGUCAAACCCAGUCAGGCGAGGAAGUUUCCGGGGCGGUAAAUCGUCACACAGGUGAUCCCUUUUGGGAUACACUUCUAUCUGGAACGGAACCGAAAAGUUGGUUUCUGGCUACCGUAUCAUUGGGUAGUCUUUGCCUUCUCCUUCUCAUCAUAUUGCUCAUCACAUGGCUGUAUGUAUGCCGACUGAAACGAUUGCACGCCCGGCGUCGGUGUAGAGGCACUUGCCGUUUCGGAUGCCGAUGUCCAUCGGAUGUGAUCCGUCAGACGGUAACUGAUGCUGCAGUCUGUGGACCAUUGGAUUCACAGAAUCAGCACUUGUUUGCUAGUCCGAUGACUCCACAAGGUAAUGGUUCUCUACGCAGUGGAAGCGGAUUCGGUACCGCUUUGUAUCCGGCCGGAACAAUGACCUCCAGUCGUUGGGGUUCAAACGGAGCACACAAGGUCGGUACCCCAUUGUACGUUUCCCUUGCCAAUGCAUCCGAUAAGACCGCUUUGUUGGCUGCAAACUAUCCGAAUUCGGGUUGUAUUAUUCCGGCCGGUGGGAAUCCUGGUCCGGGUUCGGCUGUCCCCGUGGCAAAUAGUGUGGAUAAUAUGAGUGGAACAUGGAGUCAGUUGAAUGGACAACGAUCAUCUUCCCACGUCCCACGUCGACGUCUAUCCCAGGACGCGCUGCAUCGAAGCACAAGCGAUGGUUCAAGCGUAUCCGGUCACGCGGUUCACGGUGCAAUCACCCAAAAAGGUUCCGUCCAAGGACGAAAUGGACUUUCGGUUGGGUAUUUGGGCGGACCAGUUACCAGCAUGCCAACAACCAUGCUUAUCACUAACGGCAACACAGCAGUUCCACCACAAUCGCCUGACACAAAUGGUUCCGUUUACUAUCAGCCACAAUCUACCGGAAUCAUUGUGGGCAGUGGCGGUGCCGGUACAACCUAUAGCUAUACAGACAGUGGACGAGGCAGUGGUGUCAGUCCUGGACUAUCCCAGUCUCCGACCAGAUUAAAUGGUCGUAAAAUGAAUGAUCGUGGUGGUGGUGGUGGUGGAUACUAUGUACCACACGGUUCCCUCGGAGCUGGGACGGGGACGGGAACAGUGAAUGAGGAAGAAGAGGAGCCACAGGGAAAUACCGAUCCCAGAUACUUUGCCACUGGUCCCAACGGAGAGAAACUCACAUUAGUGACGCAUAACGAUACCCGACAGGCUACUUACAACCUUUACGGUACCGAUUCACUACAUCCGAAUGCAUACACCACUCGUGGAUCCGAGGGAGAUUUGCUCAAUAUCACACCGCCAUCCGGAUUCUACGAUCCAAAUGGCAGUGGUGGCACAGACUCCGGUCUGGUGAACGGUUCCUCCUCGAGCAGUCGAUCCAAUCCGCACACGAGUGCGAAUAGUUUCGGUCAGAGGACUUUUCUCACUCCACUCUAUCCGAUUCUGGGGAGUCCAGCCAGUGCGGCCGCAAACGAGUGGUCCGGAGUGACUAUGACCGGGAAUAUGAGCAACACGGUUCCUGGCCAAGUCCCGGGUACAGUAGCAGUAGGAGGUGCGUCCGAACAACAACAACACAUGGUGGGAGCGGUGGAUGGUUUAUCACACGGCACAUCCGUUUCUGGUGAGGUCAACAGCGGACCGUAUGCAUCCGCAAAAUCCAUGCUCUCACCUCGAAUGUACACGGCUUCAGAAAGAAUGCUCUGA